UCACCAGAUGGAGGGGUGGGGCACUCCUAGCAUUGACUUUGUUCAUUUUACAUUCCUUUACCCUGUUCCUCCUUUCUACAAUAGCUGCAAUGUAAUGUUUCAGUAGAGCAAGGCUUUGCAAAUUUGGCUCAAUGAGACACAGAGCAAAGAGCUUUUCAGAGAGCUUCAAUUCAGCUGUCAGAAGGGGCAGUUUGGUCUCUGUGCAAGCAGUACUCACAUUCCAAACUGCAUUAGAAAAAAGCUGCUGGGGUUUUAUGCAUUUUUUUAUCAGUUCCAGAUUAUGCAUCUGAUACUAAUUUUUUCUUAAAGCCUGUAUUUGGAGUACAGCUUAUAUUCUAAAGCAAAUCCAGGACUGUGAUGUUUUUCUCUCACUAGCUUGCUCUUGUUUUUGUUUCCUUUUUUCCCCUCUCCCUGGCUUUACUCCAAGGACCUUUUCUGCUCUUUGUUACACUCUGGAGAUGAAGCAUCGGAUGGUUACAGCAGUGCUGGUAGCACUGGUACAGGUUUCACAGAGUUUCCCUGCCUUGUACCACCGAGGCUGGUGGAGGCUGUUAAGGGAAGGAGAUAGCUGUGGAAAAUGUGAUUUGGCACUCUGCUCUGAGCCCAAGGACUGUCCAGCCGGGACUGUGCUGGAUCGCUGCAGCUGCUGUCUGGAAUGUGGGAACGUGGAAGGUCAGAUCUGCGACUUGGACCAGGGCAAUCAUUUUUAUGGGCAAUGUGGGGAUCACCUUGAGUGCAGGUUGGAUGCUGAUGAAGCAAAGUUUGGGGAAGUCCCUGAACCCCAGUGUGUGUGCAAAUCUCAAGAGAUCAUCUGUGGAUCUGAUGGGAAAACCUAUGAAAACAUCUGUCAGUUCAACAAGGGUUAUGCUGCAAAAAGAAACAUCAGCAUGAAACAUAAUGGUCCAUGUGAAUCAGCUCCUGUUAUUUCUACACCACCUCAGGAUGCCCAGAAUUACACUGGAAAUGAUGUCAUUUUUGGCUGUGAGGUGUCGGCCUAUCCUAUGCCACAGCUUGAAUGGAAAAAAAAGGGGAAUAAAAUGUUUCUGCCAGGAGAUGACACCCACGUCUCAGUUCAGGCAAGAGGUGGGCCUCAGAAGUAUGGUGUGACAGGCUGGCUGCAGAUUCAAGGCCUGAAAAAAUCAGAUGAAGGCAUUUAUAUUUGCCACACCAAAAAUAAACAUGGUGCAACAUAUGCCUCUGCAAGAUUGAAAGUCAUUGAUGACCCAUCUCCUGCAUUUGCACUUACUGCUGGCAGUAGAAGCACAAGCUACAGCAUUGAAUACGAGGAGUAUUUUGACAAUUCUGAUGAGGAAGAUGAUGAAGAAUAUGAAUCCGGGGAUUACGAUAAUGGAAACAACUCUGAAUAAUAAUUUUUAUACAUCUCUUGUCCAAAUCCUUUCACACAGUUCUAUUUACCAGUAGUCUCUGUACUGUAAGUGGCUCUUCUGUUAACAUACGUCUACAUAUCCACCUUCCUGAAAUGCAGCUUUGGGUGAAGUGUAUUAUGCUACUCACCAGAAAUAAGAACAGUUGUAACACCAUAUAUUUAGACUAUUAAAUAAAGUCCUUCAGCAUUUACCUUUCUAAGUAUGCCAAAGGGAUCCAAUUUUACAUCAAUUUUUUAAUUGUCUUAUAAUUUCUUUCACACAUUCUAAUUUGUCUAGCAAAAAAAGGCCAAUAGUUAAACAAAAUUUUUACUGUGUAUCAAUUUUCUUUUUUUCUCUAAAAUACUAAGAAAUAUCAAGAGAUUGUUCACAUGGCAAUAAACCUAAGUAAGUAUGGCAGCUGCAAAACAGUCUUUGAUCUCCUUAGUACAUGUUUUCUCAUAAGUAUCAGCAGGAUUUUCCUUCUCAUCUGAAAUUUUCCAUGUCUCAUCAAAGUUAAAUUGUCUGUCUUUCGGGGGAUGAUUUUGUUUACUGUUAACAGAUCCAUGAAGCAAUCACAGUCUAAAGCCAGUAAGUGCUGUUUUACAGUCAAUACUCCUAGCCAGAAAAGAUUCCUUGUGCAUUCAAACCUCUGAGCACACCUUUGGGCUCCUUCUUGUAGCAGCUCCUGCAUCGCUCCCCACAGCAGUGGCUCCCUCCCAGCAGCCUGGGAGCAGUUCAGGGUUUGGGAUCAUGAGGUUCCCCCUGAACAGAUGCUGGUUGGUGAACAUUCCUGCAGUGUGAAGGCAGAAGCUGCUCUGUAGCUCGAUGCAUGUCCUUCAAACACACAGGGGCUGCACUCCAGAGCCAGGACCUGUCCUUUGUCUGGGGCUGUGAACAAGUUGCCCCUAUGCCAGAGCCAUCAGCAUUGCCAGGCUGCUGAAAGGGCAGCAAUCCACGGGAACACAGGAACUUUGUUCCGACUGAUCCAUGAACCAGACAGCAGUAGAGAUGGAGUCAAAAUCACAGCACUUCCAAGGGCUGAGUGAGCACCCUGAGAAAUUUCUUUAAUUGCUUCUAUUAACUAAUUACAUGAAGGCUGGCUCUGAGUUAAUGGGGAAAGGAAAGCCUGCGCUUACAUCUCUGGUUCCCACUGGCUGAGGGCAGAUGCACAGCAGCAAAUUCCUGAACAUUUUCAGGAUUAAGGCAGCAGAAGCUCAGGUAUCUGCAGGGAAAACCUUGGUAUGGGCAGGCUCCUUGGGCUGAGAUAGGUGCUGUGCAGUGAUCCCUGCACACACUGAGGUGGCCACCAGCUGGAUUCCCGGGUACAGGGAGGCUCCAAGGGCCCUGCACACACAUCUGUAGGAUUUUCAAUACAUUACACUGCCUCACAAGUUCUUCUUUUAAUGCACUAUUUGUGCUCUUUUUUACUAUCAGAAAGAUUUUUCUUUUCAAUUUGAAAUUCUUUAAGAAAUUUGCUAUAGACUGUGUUUGCCCUGAGGUAUUAUUGACCUCUGUCCAGCAAACAACCAAAGAAUAAUCUAUUUCAUUUCAGGCUUCAUGGGGUAUUGUUUCCUUAUGAGAAGAAAGUGUGUCAUUGUGUUAUUGAAAAAGAUUAAUUAGUUUUAAUUAGAAAAUGGCUUCAUAUUUAACUACUGAUUUUGUUUUUAUGGACUCUUCCUGGUCUUCUUAGUGAUAUGUUAAUAACUUUUUUUGCUUAUCCACUAUAUAUUAACCUAAACAUAAAAUUAUCUCAUAGAAAUUACUAUUUACUUUUUAUGGAACUAUUUAAUAUGCAGACAUACACUCAAGAUCAAUUGUGAUCUGCAUUGCAAAUGAAUGAAUUAGAUUACUAAAGUAAUCACUAAAUGGUGGCAAUAUAUAUUGGUAUAGUAUAGUACAUGGCGCAGAAAAUAAUCUUGAAAUCAUUAGCCAAAGAAAGAAAUUAGAAUUCCUCAGGGCCUUUUGUUGUUGUUAAUGGAAAAUGAAAAACAGAAAGAAAAGAAUGUUUGAAGGAGAAAAUGUGCAGCAGCACUCUAGCAAAUACUGGUCUGCAAGUGUUUGGCCUGGUGGAGUAUGUCUACUUAAGAACAGCUAACAGUCCCAGAACAAAGAAUUCUAAAUUAAAUAUGUUGCAUUUCUCACUCUGUGUAUUUUUGAUAUAUAUUUAAUAAGUUCUUGUAAAUUAUCAGCCAUUCCUUUCAAAGUAUCAGCCAUUGCAAUAAGAAAAUUGCAUUUUAGGAAAAAUCCCAGUGUGAUGCAAACAAAAGGAGCACUGAUACCUUCAACAAUUCCUAGUUUCUUUUUUGUGGGAGGGGACACAAAUGGUUGGUUUUUUCAUAUGCUUUAAUCAAGUAAUUUAUUAUUAAAUUUAAAAAAGCAUGGAGAAGGUUCAAUCCUCGUUAAGGAUCUCAUUGUGAAUGCAUUGCCUGUAGCAACAGAUCUGCUCACGUAAGCCAAAGGAACAGCAAGUUCAAGAAGUGAGGUUUGUUCCACCUAGCGGGAAAUGAGCCCAGCUGGAGAUGAAAACGGUGUAUUAGUCCUGGUACUGUAUUCUGCAAGGCAGACCUGAAGCCUUCUUUAACUGAGCUUCCACAGAAGACUGGUAAACUUUGUUACAUGUAAGUCUGAACUUCAUGGUCUGGCUUCCUCCUGUGACACAAGCAUCUUCACAUUAUUUCCCCCGCCCACGUGAAGGUAAAGGAAUUGCAUAGAAGUUACUAAAGAAAUUACACUGCUUAAUGCAGAAGGUCAUUUGGGCAGGACCCUGACAUAGGCUGAGGUACUUGCACACUCUAACAUUGUUACUUGCCGUGUUCAAGUUUUGUUAGAUAUAAGUCUAGGAAUACAUUAAUUCUUUAGGUGGAGCAAUUUUUUUCCCCCUUGAAAUAAUCAGGAUAUAGCUGACAAAAAUUGGAUAUAGAAAGGCUGUGUCUGUGUUCCAGAGACUGGAAUUAUUCAAAUGAUGGUUAAAGGGGAUGCCAGGGCUGCUCUGUGCAGCUGAGCACAGCACGGGCUCCCUGCCUGCUCCGUGGAAUAGCUUUGUGCUCUCCCGUUCCGUCCGUGCUCAGCUGUCACCUCGGGCAGGAGACCCAGGCCAGGGGGACAGACGUUUCUGGCCAGGAACAAACACCCUCCAGACAAGCUGCAAAUUGGCUCAUCCUGCAGAAAGCCCAGCUCUCAGUUACACUUAGGUGUGUAUGGUAUCUGCAGACUCUGCUCGUGAACUAUUUAUUUAUUAACCCCAUUUCCAUAAUUUUCCUUCAGACAAAUAAUUAAUGAAGGUAUUUCGUAUAAAAGCAUACGGUUCAGUGAUUCAACUGAUAGCUCAUGUACAAAGAUACUACUCUUCCUACCUUGAUUCAAUUGUCAUAAUAAAUUUUUUUCGACCUCA